UGUGUGAUUAAUGUCAACAGGAGCUGGAUUUCUUUAACAAUCCUUUCGCUAUGAUGGACAGCAUGAGGAACAGGAUGGAGGCCAUGCAUAGAAAUGUAGAGAACAUGGCGUCAGACCCCAACAGCCACUCGUAUUCCUCUUCCUCCGUCAUGACGUACUCUAAGAUGGGAGACGAGCCGGCCAAAGUCUUCCAGGCCUCGUCUCAGACGCGCUGUGCUCCUGGAGGAAUAAAGGAGACCAGGAGGAGUCUGAAGGACUCUGAGAGCGGACUGCAGAAGAUGUCCAUCGCCCAUCACAUCCAGGACAGAGGCCACGUCAUCGAGAGGAAAGAGAAUGGGAAAACCGGAGAGAAGGAGCUCAACCAGGACUUCCAGAACAUGGAUGAAACGGAGGCCCAGUCCUUCGACGAGGAGUGGCAGAGAGAGGUGUCCAGCUUCCAGGCGUCUGCGCCCAUGUCCCGCCUGGAAGCACCGAGACAGCGAGCGCUUCACCGAGCGGCCAUCACUGCACCACAGCACACUCGCAGAGAUGACAAAUCAAACCCAUUACAAUGAACUCAACGUUAAAGGCUCCGGCGAGAAGAAGCACUAAAGCUCAUUCACAAUAAAACACACUUGACAGGCUUCUUACUGCGCUUUCCUCAUAUCUGCCAAUGAUUUUCUCACACCUGUUUCAUACCACAGACUUGAGCAGCAGCAAAAAAGCUCUAUACAGAGAACUUAUUUCUAGGUAACUGCGGUGAGUAUUUCUUCUAAACUGGUUAUCAGUGGUGGGUCACUGAUAGCAUUAGACCUGGCUGUGGUUAAUUGUGCACAAUAGACUAAUUCCAUAUCAUAACCUGUAGUAUACUGUAUUGUUUCAAGACACUGGACUACAGACAUAUGCUUAAUCUGUGCAAUUUCUGCUUUUGCAUGUCAAAUCAUAUUGAUUUUAUCCAUCAUCAGUGCACUGUUACUUUAAGUGUGUGUGUGUGUGUGUGAUCAGUGCUUCUACUAUCUUCUGUUAAUCUUCUGGACCUUUAUCACACACUCAUGUCAGGUCUCAAGAGUCUCUGCUACUGAGUUGAGUCAGCUGUGUUUGGUUAGGAGACACACAGAAUAUGCAGUGCUCAGAUAUCCGCUGGAGUAUUGCAUACUGUUUCGGGGUUCAGCGCUGCUGUUGCUUUCUGAAGGAUCCAGAAACUGUGUGACGUCUGUAAUGCACUUAUCGAUGUUGUUUAUUCUGCAGUAAUCACAUUAAACCCUCUGCAAACCUUGCUCUGUAAACAUUUUUUUAAAUGCAUGAAAGUAGACCUUUUAAUAUAAAUGUUUCUCAAUUUGUGUUUGAGACACGCAACUGUGUGAUAUUGUCGUCAAGACACACUUCACUGUUUCGCUUUUCAAAAGUUAUAUAACACAUAGUGUCAGAGUAAAAUAAUGUCGCAAUCCAAACAUUUAAUGUUGCAAAUAAUAAAGUUUUUGUUGA